CAAGACCAUUGAAAGAGCAGAUAGUGGACUUUGUGGUACAGAAGCUGUGCUGAAAUGGUCCACAGAGCAAACAAUUCCAAAACAGUGUGGACCUACAAGGACCUACUAAAAUUGGACCUGUCUUUACACAUUUUCCCGCACUUCAUCUACGACGCGACCUUCCAGUUUUUCCUCUUAACUACAACUUUCAUCCUUCCAUUCAGAGGAACAUUCAUACUCCAAAUCAUCUCAAGCUCUACACUUUAUACUACGCUCUUCACCCGUUGCACCCCAUGCCAGGUCCAAUUAGAUCUAAAGGAAAAGGUCGCGUAACGAAUGAUGAAGAAAUCAAGCCCCCCCGUCCCCCCAAUGCCUGGAUUCUCUAUCGCUCCGAUAAGAUAAAGGAGCUACCACCAGCAGAACCUGGUCAGCGGAGCAGAGCCCAGGCCGACGUUUCAAAACUCGUUUCUGACAUGUGGCGGAAGGAGUCAGAUGCAGUCAAAUUAGAGUAUGAGCGGCUCGCAGACGCGAAGAAGGCGGAGCACCAGCGUAAAUACCCUGAUUAUAGGUUCCAACCGAUGAAGAAGGAGGAGAAGGAACGCAUCAGGGAAGAAAAAAAGCAGCUCAAGGAACGCGCUCGCGAGAAGAAGAAAACCCGCGGUCGCGCAAAUGCGGUCGCCGGGCCCUCACAGGAGCAACACGAUGCAGUUGUACCACAGCCAAUGCAGGAGCCCGACCCACAACAAGUCAUGCCAGCGAUGGCAUACGCACCUCCUUACCCUCUCCCCGGUGUCAUGCCUGUCCAGAACGUCCCCUCUCACAUGCCUUAUCACAAUUACACCUUCCUCGACCCGGAAAUGCAGUUUGGACUGACGGGUCCAUCACCACCGUUGUCAGCUAUGUCAUCGCCGAACCCGUCGUCUACCUCUGAUUUUUCAUCCCUCUCGGAUGAACUUCUAUUGCGGUUAGAUGAGCUACCUCCAGCAUUCCCCCCUCCCCAUAACUCGUACAAUAUGGAGUCUGCGCCUAUGCAGCAACCGCAGGGUAGCUAUGGUCAAUGGCAAGCUCCACAAGAUCACAUCGUAUCGCAGCCGUCUGGUUCUGUAGCUGCCCAACAACCUGCUUCCGGAUGGGAUGACUUUGACGCAUCAAAGGUAACUUGUGACUAUCAGCCGCAGGAUUUCUUGAACUUCAACCUUGCGGCUGCUAACAAUUUGGGGACAAUGCACGAGCUCGAAAGCUCACUUCAGGACAUGAUGUCAUCUCCUGACCAGAACGGUGUCUUCGACGUUACAAAGAUCAACCCUGGAGAUGUCCCUGUUCAGCCUGAGGGCGACUUCGAAGUUGACAUGGCCCCAAACCCUGACGCGCAGUCACAGGAAUAUGAAAACUAUUACAAUAGUUUCGAUAUUGAGGCGGUACUUGCUGCAUCACACGAACACGAUCCCACCACCGUGAAUCCUUCCGGCACCGUGAACCCCACAGACACUUUUAUUGACCCAAAGCUUUCUGUGGACGACUUCACAUCGUUCUUCAAGCUUAACCCUGACGUUCAGGCUUAUAUGGCAGCGCAGCAACGGCAACGUCAGCCGAGUGCAUUCACGCGCGACAUGAUGCAGUUCAUCAACUUCGACGCGGGUGAGGGUGGACCGCAAAACACUGCGGUGCCGCAGGUGGGCGCCCCUCCCCCUCCGCCACCACAAGGACAAGUGCCAAUCUUCACACAGAUGACGAACACCGCUGCUGUACCGCAGUCUGGCUAUGUUCCCCCUGCUGGUGCAGCAUAUUCGUCAACACGGCGGGUUGCUGCGAGUUGGAAGCCGUCUUAUGUCAUUCCUGAUGAUUCUGUCAUCGACCCUGCUCUAUUUUAUUGACCCUGCUCAGCAUCGGCUUGCUAGCGGCCUUGCGUGAUGAGUUCAAGAAGAAAACCAUUGCUCGACUGGAUCGCUUUGUUCAUUGUUUUUUCCCCAGAGAUAUCCGCAUCACCGCGGUAUCAUCCGCUCCCAUGUGAUAUCCAAAGCGC